UCAAGAUAAGAUAAGAUAAUAGUAAAAGAGUUGUUAUUAGCUUCCACAUUGCCAUGCUUCAGACUCAUCGGAACUCGAGUAUUUGAGUUGUCUUUAUUAUUGUAGUCUUCAAUGCCUUCUUUAUAUUGGGCAUGAACAAGUUGAUUUAAUUUCACAUUUUCUAGGAAACGUGACCUGUUUAGUGUUUAUAAACCACAUGCCUCAUUGUUGUUGCUGUGCAUAGAUAGGCGAGCUUUAUUUGUUGUUUUUGUUUUGUUUUCACCAGUCACAAAACAAAAGAUACCAUCUACCUUGUGCACUGUGAACUUAUCCACAAAUUUAAUGGAGAAAACAGUUCACAUUGCCAUUGUUCCAGGUCCUUGGUAUAGCCAUUUAGUCUCUAUCCUUCAAUUCUCCAAGCUACUUGUUCAACUCCAUCCAGAUUUUCAUGUCACAUGUAUCAUUCCCACACUUGGCUCACCCUCCACUGCCUCAAACUCAUUCCUUCAAACUCUUCCAUCAAACAUCACCUACACUUUUCUUCCACCUGUCAACCCCAACCACCUGCCACAAGGAUCUACCUUAGAAAGCAAAAUCCAGCUCACAGUGACACUCUCUCUACCAUCUUUACAUCAGGCUUUGAACUCUUUGAGAACCCCCCCUGUGGCACUUGUGGUUGAUUCUUUAUGUGCUGAAGCUCUAGAUUUGGCUAAGGAACUCAACAUGCUGUCCUAUGUUUACAUGCCUCCUGCAGCCACCACUUUGUGUUACUACUUCUAUUUGCUCAAGUUGGAUAAGGAAACAUCAUGUGAGUACAGGGAUCUGCCAGAGGCUAUUCAAGUACCAGGUUGUGUACCAAUCCAUGGUAGGGAUCUCGUCGACCAAGCUCAAGAUAGAUCAAGUCAACCUUACAGAUUCUUACUCCAACGUCUAAACAAAUUCUUCUCUGCUAAUGGGAUACUUAUUAAUAGCUUCCUAGAAAUUGAAAAAGGUCCUAUAGAAGCAUUGAUAGAAGGAGAAAGUGGCAACCCUGCGGUGUAUGCUGUUGGACCCGUUAUCCAAACAAGAACAGAAUCUGAUUAUAAUAGUAAUGGCAAGGAUUGUUUGACAUGGUUAGAUAAACAACAACCUUGUUCAGUUUUGUAUGUUUCUUUUGGGAGCGGUGGCACACUUUCACAGGAACAAAUUGUAGAGCUAUCUUUGGGUUUGGAGUUGAGUAAUCAUAAAUUCUUAUGGGUUUUCAGAGCACCAAGUAGUUCAGCGAGUGAUGGACAUCUUUCAGCACAGGAUGAUAUCGACGCGUCAAUGUUUUUACCGUCCGGGUUCUUGGAGAGAACCAAGGAGCAAGGAAUGGUUAUUCCGUCAUGGGCACCGCAGGUUCAAAUCCUUAGUCACAGUUCAGUUGGCGGGUUCUUGAGUCACUGUGGUUGGAAUUCAAUUCUUGAAAGUGUGAUGCAUGGUGUGCCACUAAUUGCAUGGCCUCUGUUUUCUGAACAGAGAAUGAAUGCAGUUUUGCUGAGUGAGGGUCUAAAAGUAGGACUGAGGCCAAAAGUUCGUAAGAAUGGCAUUGUGGAAAGGGUGCAGAUUUCUGAGUUGAUCAAGUGUCUCAUGGAAGGUGAAGAAGGCGAGAAAUUACGCAAAAGGAUCAAUGAAUUGAAAGAGGCUGCUAAUUCUGCACUUAAAGAAGAUGGAUCAUCUACAAAGACCAUUUCUUUGUUAGCACAUAAGCUGAGAAAUUUGGCAUAGGAAACCAAGUUUUGUUGAAUCUUUUGGCUAUGGAGUAAUCAUUGUAAUUCUUUAA